AUGCUGAGAUCGUGCUUGGGACCCUCCGGAAUUGUGACGAAACCACUUAAUGGCUUGGCUACAUUUACCCGUGCCUUUAUUCGCAUCGAAGCGGGCUGGAGAGUCGAAGACGCUGAUGCAGAGGCUGAAUCCGGAUCGAAGCCAAAAGACAGCUCUCGACCCUUUUUGAGAAUGCUGUCGUUCCCCAUGGUCUCAUCGGUCAUUCGGGCGACGCAAGACGUUGAAAGCGUCACCUAUCGUCCACAGACCGGGGAAACACGCGAAGUCUACGAACUUAUUUUUUCCUCUGUGCAUACUGCGCUUGGAGUGCUGCCGAUUCCACGCUCGACACUCUCAAAAACAAGGGGACGAAGAGUUUUGACAAAAAGAAGGAUAUUGAGCCAUUCCGAGCGAGCAGCUCUCACAGCUCGUCAAUCUUUCGAAGAAAUUUACGAAUUACAACGCUGA